UCAUUUUUCUUCGUUUGAUCGCUCUCUCAGCUCUCACGUCACAUCGACAGCUACCGGUAGCUUACAUUUGAUUGACCAUGAUGAACCUCUGAAACAACUACUACGCGUAGUACUUGAGCGACAAUCAUAAUGAAAUUCACUAUACCAAGUGCUGCCAGCUUCCUGUGGCUCAGCUUGCUAGUAGGUUUGACCACUCGAUACCGUGAUGGAUUGGCGGCAGCAGCCUCGGCUUCGAACCCACAACUAGACCUUCUGACUCCUGAUGUCAAGGCGUUGGUUUCACAGAUUGCAGCACUAAGAGCAACGAAUGAAGAGCAGCAUGCAGAUCUGUGGCGAAGACUGGGAAAGACACAGUUGGAUGCACGAGAGUAUGGCGAGGCACGUCGGAUAUUUUGUCGGGGCUCGGAACUCUGUCCCAGCGAUGAGAAACUCCGCCAUCAUGUAAAAGUAUAUGAUACCUUCCAAGGUGAAGCAGAGUUUUUGGAGGAAACAUCAAGUACCGGUAAUUCGGUAGUACCACAGCCAUUAGAAAUAAAACCGACCGUGGCCGGCAAACCAGAUUUAAUCCUCAGCUUGGAUGUACCGAGGGAAGCCAUUCCUUUGGCUAUCAAACGGUGGAAAGGCAAGAUUCCUCCAGAGGACAGGUGCAGACUCAUUCAUGCUUCUACAGAACCUAUUCUGUCACGAGAUGCUUGCCAAUAUCUAAUUCAAUCCGCACUGGAAACUGUCAAACAUCGAGGGUGGACCAAGGACCGUCAUGUGCAGGCGCCCACUUGCGACAUUCCCGUGUUUGAUCUGCCAGUAGCCGCCAAGCAGUGGUGCCGUCAUGCCAUGAAACAAUCACUGUUGCCACUGCUUGCCACCACGGUUGCCCCGGAGCUCGACAUUGAUCCAAACGAUCUACACAUUCAAGAUUGUUUCAUUGUCAGAUAUGACGGUGGUGGCGAGGAGAGCGGUCCAGGCUUUGAUUCCUUGCGACCUCAUGAAGACGAAUCACUACUUUCCUUGACUAUUGCACUCAAUGAUCAAUCCGAGUAUAAUGGCGGCGGCUUGUACAUUCACUCCACUGGAGAUUUAUUGAAUGGGGAUGCUGGAACUGUACUGUGUUUUGCCGGACAACUGGUCCAUGGCGGAUAUCCUGUCGUACAAGGGACACGAUGGAUCUUGACAGUAUUCUUAUACGUUGACGCCAAUGAAUCGGGAAAGCCUGUUGGGUACACAUUGGAUGCUCUCCAGGCGUUACAACAGAAAUGAAAACGGACAACGACGACAAUUCACGAAUAUCCAAGCUGCCUCUACAAAGAACAGACCUUCCCUGUUGCGCGUAGAUGGUAUGGUAUCCUUCACUCCGAGACUUGCAGUCAUGGUCGUAACGAUCCCGGACAUUACCACUUGUUUGAACGCUCGUCCAUGUGACCUGUAUGUGGGCCGUGUUCUGUUGACAUAUCAGGAAACAUAUCACUCAUCUGGAUAACUAAGCUAAUACCUACCGUAGCUCCUCGUGACGUAUGGUAUAUUCCCUCU